AGCCCUCCGAGGCGAGGGGCGGGGAGAGGGCGGCCCCCGGGGGAGGGGCGACGGCGGGGCGGGAGGGAGAGAGCUGCGGAGAGGGGCGGGGCGAAAGUGACUCGGUGGAAGCCGAGGGGCAGUCCCGGGUGGCCGUGAGUAUCAGCAGCCCACGGGAGGAGUUGUGGAGCCUGGGCGUCCCGGGGCCCCGGAAGCUCCGGGAGCGGUACUGGGAGGGCACCCAGGAGCGCUACCGGGAGAGGGAGGUGAAGCGCAGGGCCAAGGGCGCGAAGCCGUUCCGUAGUAAGUACCAGCUGGAGAAAAAGCCCAACUGGCUGAAGAACCCGACGCUGGUGGGGACCGAGCCGAGGGAGGUCCUCAAAGUGAAGACUGCCGAAAACUUGGGCAACUGGGUGUCGGGGCAGCAAAGCCAGCGGGCCACGGUUCGAUUCAGCCUCUACCCCAGACCUCAUCUCCAGUCGCAGUGGUCCAUCUGCCGCCACUCGGUCAGUGUCAUUAACGAGCUGGCAAAGAUGGGCGAUCCAGACGUCCUGGAGAUGGUGCAGGAGGAAGAAAGACUAUCCAAUUUAGAAGCAGAAUAUGUUUUCGGAAUGAAUGAGCAGUCCCUGAGCAGCAGAGAGACCAGCUUUCUCAUCAGUGAAGAACCAGUGUCUGCAAAGCGAUUCAAUUUGUUCCUGAGGCGACGUCUUAUGUUUAAAAAGGAUGAACAAAGCAAAGAUUCUAUCUUCUUCCGAGACGGGAUUAGGCAAAUUGAUUUUGUGCUCUCCUAUGUUGAUGACAUUAAGAAAGAAGCGGAAUUAAAGGCGGAAAGGAGAAAAGAAUUUGAACAAAAUCUUAGAAAAACAGGUCUUGAGUUGGAAAUUGAAGACAAAAGGAAUUCCGAAGAUGGAAGGACUUAUUUUGUCAAAAUCCAUGCCCCUUGGGAGGUACUGGUUACUUACGCUGAAGUGUUGGGAAUCAAAAUGCCUAUUAAAGAGAGUGAUAUUCCUCCAGCUGAGAAUAUCCCCUUUAGUUAUAUGCUCGGGCCUCUGAAGCUCCCAAAGAAUGUGAGGCACCCUCGUCCUGAAUAUUUCACUGCUCAAUUCACCAGACAUCGGCAGGAACUCUUCCUCAUUGAAGACGAGUCAAGCUUCUUUCCAUCCUCAAUGAGAAACAGAAUUGUUUAUUACAUUCUCUCACGAUGUCCUUUUGGCAUAGAAGAUGGGAAGAAAAAGUUUGGGAUUGAAAGACUGCUAACUUCUAAUACUUACUCAUCUGCCUAUCCACUCCAUGAUGGUCAAUAUUGGAAGCCUUCAGCACCUCCCAAUCCUGUCAACGAGAGGUACAUACUUUUCCAGAAUUGGGCUCGGUUUUCCUAUUUUUACAAGGAGCAACCUUUAGAUUUGGUUAGGAAUUAUUUUGGAGAAAAAAUUGCCAUGUAUUUUGUCUUUCUUGGAUUUUACACCGAGAUGCUGUCCUUUGCAGCUAUAGUUGGAUUAGCGUGUUUUAUUUACGGCUUAUUAUCUAUGCAUAGUAACUCAAACAGCUCUGAGAUCUGUGACCCUACAAUUGGAGGUCAGAUUAUCAUGUGCCCACUCUGUGAUCAAGUGUGCGAUUAUUGGAGACUAAAUACCACGUGUUUGGCUUCCAAGAUCUCCCAUUUGUUUGAUAACGAGUCGACAGUGUUCUUUGCAAUAUUCAUGGGAAUUUGGGUCACAUUGUUCUUGGAGUUUUGGAAACAGCGACAGGCCAGAAUGGAAUAUGAGUGGGACCUGGUGGACUUUGAAGAGGAACAGCAGCAGCUUCAGCUGAGACCGGAGUUUGAAGCAAUGUGUAAACACAGGAAGAUGAAUGCGGUGACUAAGGAGAUGGAGCCAUACAUGCCUCUGUGGAGUCGUCUCCCAUGGUACUUUUUAUCAGGAGCUACGGUGACGUUUUGGAUGGCCCUUGUCAUCGCCUGUAUGGUAGCUGUGAUUGUGUACCGCCUGUCAGUGUUUGCUACAUUUGCUAGCUUUAUGGAAAGUGAAGCAUCCUUUAAGCAUGUCAAAAGUUUCCUCACUCCCCAGAUAACCACGUCACUCAGUGGAUCCUGCUUGAACUUUAUCGUCAUCUUGAUCUUGAAUUUCAUUUAUGAAAAGAUAUCUGUAUGGAUUACAAAAAUGGAAAUUCCUCGAACUUAUCAGGAAUAUGAAAGCAGUCUUACCUUGAAAAUGUUCCUGUUUCAGUUUGUGAAUUUUUACUCGUCCUGCUUCUACGUAGCUUUCUUUAAAGGGAAGUUCGUGGGCUAUCCCGGAAAAUACACAUAUUUGUUUCAUGCAUGGAGAAGUGAAGAGUGUGACCCUGGAGGCUGUCUAAUAGAAUUGACAGCCCAGCUGACCAUCAUAAUGACUGGAAAACAGAUCUUCGGAAAUAUCAAAGAAGCUAUUUAUCCUAUGGUUCUGAAUUGGUGGAGACGUCGAAAAGCUCGGACCAACUCUGAAAAGCUAUACAGUCGAUGGGAGCAGGAUCAUGACCUCGAAACUUUCGGAUCUCUUGGGCUCUUCUAUGAGUACUUAGAAACAGUUACCCAGUUUGGAUUUGUUACAUUAUUUGUGGCCUCUUUUCCUCUGGCUCCUCUUCUUGCUCUCUUGAAUAAUAUUAUAGAGAUCCGAGUGGAUGCCUGGAAACUUACAACUCAGUAUAGGAGACCCGUGGCUGCUAAAGCUCACAGCAUAGGUGUUUGGCAAGACAUUCUUUAUGGAAUGGCUGUCCUUUCUGUGGCAACUAACGCUUUUAUUGUGGCAUUUACAUCGGACAUCAUUCCCCGUUUGGUUUACUACUAUGCCUACUCGACGGAUGACACGGAGCCCAUGAGAGGAUAUGUCAAUGACAGCCUGUCAACAUUCCUUAUAGCUGAUUUUCCAAACCACACUGCACCUUCGGAAAAACGAGACUUCGUCACUUGCAGGUACAGAGAUUACAGAUAUCCUCCUGAUCAUGAUCAGAAAUAUUUUCAAAAUAUGCAGUACUGGCACGUCCUCGCUGCCAAGAUGACCUUCAUCAUUGUUAUGGAACACGUUGUGUUUUUAGUUAAAUUUUUGUUGGCCUGGAUGAUCCCUGAUGUUCCAAAAGUUGUUCUGGACAGAAUCAAGCGAGAAAAGUUAAUGACUGUCAAGAUUCUUCAUGACUUUGAGCUUCACAAAUUAAAAGAGAACUUGAAAAUUAGUUCUACUGAACUUGCCAAACAAGUCUUGAUUCAGGAAAACAAAGCACAACUGGCUAACUCAGCGGUCUAAUCACCAUAGUGAGCAAGCAGUCGGUUGCCUCUCUGGCGUCCCAACUUUCCCUGGGUUUUGGGUAGAGGCCAGAAGGCAUGUAUCAAUUUCACCCCACGUCCUCUUCCUUCUUUUUGAAUUCAGAGUUUUUGUACACUUUUACAGUGGCCUACUUUGUGAGGUUGGAAGAAUACCACUUGUCUGCUUUAUUGGCUGAACUCUUCCCAGAUAUUGUUUUCUAGAGUUCUAGAAAUGAUUGUUAAAAGUGCGUGUUGAAUCAGAAUAUUGGAAAAUCAUGGAAUGUUGCAGUUUAGAAUUAAACACUGGACUCGGGCUGUCUUAUCACGUUCCAGUGCAUCUGCACAUUUUCAUGGUCUUCUGUUGGGUUGUUUUAUAACUCCUUCCCAUCAAGAAAAAUGUUGGUACAAAAGGAAAGGAAUUGAAGUGGCCUCCUGAGCCAUGUAUCUCCUGCCAUUGCAGACUAUGUGAAUGAAAAAACAAAAUAAGAUGACUUAAGAAAACUCACAUAUUAAAAAUGUUGGGUGGAUAUCAUGGCGGGGGUUUGUUUCUGAAAUCAUCCUGAGUAAGUUAAGUUAAACUUCCAUCAGAAUCCCAGAUUCCCCUUCCAGGUCAAUGCAGAAUUGAUUUUUCAAGAGACUGAACAUUUAGGUUGCAACAAAAGACUAACAACUCUGGUCUUUAAAGAUAACAUUUUGGUAAUAGUAGUUUCAAGGCUAGAUUGUCUUUCUGGAAAACAGCCUAAGAAGUUGUUAGGUUGCUUCAGUUCUUCAAGUAAAUGAAAGAUAUUACAGAGAAGUAAAUGUGUCUUCUUAGUAGUUAACAAAUGCAAGACAAUGAAUAUUGACUAAUUUAUUGACCUUAAUCUGAAAAAAAUUGAAUUAUUUUUAAAAAAUCAUUUUUCUUCUAUAAUGCAUAUUUUGCAUCAUGAAGCCUGUUUGAGCAUUAGCUCUUUGUAUAAGUUAGGUACAAGUUGUUUAUGAAACUUGAUCUGUUUGAAGCAAUCUUGAAUCUUUUAAUGAGUUUACCCUGUUUUCUAUUGAUGCAUCACUUCAUUCAAUACUCAGUGCCUUGUCCCUAUACCUUUGACACCCAAGAAGUGGUUGUGCUGUUCAUGUGAUGUGAUAUAACAUCUCAAAUAUUAGCUUGUUGUACAGAAAUUGUCAGUUUAACAUCAGUCACAGAGUUGAACACCAAAAGUAGAUCAACCAAAUAAGAAAGGGGUGAUGGAUUUGAUUGCUAAGUGGAAAAAAAAAAUUAAUUGCAUUAUUUCUCUCAUACUUAGGCCCAUGGCACAUGUACACCAGUUCCUUUUUCUCUUAUGAAAAAUACUUCAUAUACAUUUUUAACACUACAAAGUGAGGGACACAGUUCAGAUAUAGUACUUGCAUCUCUAGCUUUCAAUUACACUUCAGUUCCAAAAGAAUAGUGUUUUUUUUAAAUUCCAUACAAAAGAAGAAACUUUAUCACAAGAUAUUUUUAAAGUAGUUUUAUUAUUUGAUACUAAUUCAUUUUUGUAGAAUUGCCAAUAGUAAUUAUAUGGCAGGUAGUAUUAGCUAAUGAUAGAUAGUAAACAUGUAGAAAUGAGGAUUAUGAAUUUUAUAAAACCAUGAGACAGUGACCCCAAUAUUGGCAGUAAUAACUUGUCAUCCACUGGGUAGAUUUUAUUAAAAAAAAAAAAACAUUUUUGUGUAAUUUAAAGUGAUCUCAUUAUUGAAGAAUGAUUUCAUAGGAGGAGGAGGCCUAUUUCUUGCUUGAGAACACUAGUGUUACUAUGAAAUAAGCCACAGAUGCAGUAUCUUUGGCUUGUCAUAUCAAACUCUGUGUUACUACCAUGUUGUCCCUUUGCACAGCUCAUACAUAUUACUUUCUUCCUAGGUGCUAAUAAAAAUAAGGAAGAGUGUGGAAAUCGGUUUCUUGGAUAUAAGUUUCAGUUUCUAUGGCUUAACAGUAUUUAUAGACCUAGAGUGUUAAGAUAAAUAAAGACAAAUUUAACUCACAAAGUUAUCCGUACACUGCAAUCUU